AUGAGCAAGAGCCGAGGAACUCCGAAGCAAGAUCAAAGAUGGCUUCUCCCAUGAUUACACAGUUUUUCCCUCCCCUAAAAAAUGACCUUAUCUUGAGAGCAGCCAGAGGUGAGAAGGUAGAACGGGUUCCCGUCUGGCUGAUGAGACAAGCUGGACGCUACCUUCCAGAGUACAAUGCCUACAAGAAGGAGCACUCUGCAGAUUUUUUCAAAACGGUACAGACCCCCAGCAUGGCCUGUGAGUUAACACUUCAGCCGUUGCGGAGGUUUGAUCUGGAUGCUGCAAUCAUUUUUUCUGACAUCCUAGUGAUCCCUCAAGUGCUGGGUAUGGAUGUCAACAUCGUGGAAGGCAAGGGAGUGGUGUUUGGUUUUCUGCUGGAAACCCCUGCUGACAUGGAAAGACUUAACACCGGUGUAGAUGUCACAAAGGAGCUUCACUACGUCAUGGAGGCAAUCACCCUCACUCGCCACCAGAUCAAAGGCCAGUGUCCGCUGUUUGGCUUCAGUGGGGCUCCGUGGACCCUUAUGAAGUUUAUGAUUGACGGUGGCUCUCAUUCACCUUUACCAAAAGCAAGGAAGUGGUUGACGAAAUAUCCCAAGGAAAGUCACAACCUUCUGUCAAUCCUUACCGCCAAAGUCAUUGAUUACCUCGUCGCACAGAUCAAGGCUGGUGCACAGAUUGUGCAAGUAUUUGAUUCCUGUGCUGGAGAGCUAGGACCAAUCCAGUUCAACAAAUUCAGUUUACCCUAUCUUAAAGAUAUUUAUUAUGGUGUGAGGGAAAUGCUUUCUGUGGAAAAGGUUGAGCCUGUCCCCAUGGUUGUUUUUGCCAAGGAUGCCCAUUUUGCUCUUGAAGAGCUUGGUAAAAUAGGAUAUGAAGUUGUCUCCCUUGACUGGACUCAGAAACCAUUGCAUGCAAGACGGUUAUUGGGUGCUAAAGUGACCACUCAAGGUAACCUAGACCCAACUUUCCUGUACGCUCCUCAUGAUGAGUUGAAGCUUGCUGUCAAAGACAUGUUAGAGAAAUUUGGUACGAAGCGGUACAUCGCCAAUCUAGGACACGGGAUACACAAAGACACUGAUCCUGACAGUGUGGGUGUAUUCAUUGACGCUGUACAUUCCUAUUCCGAGGACAUGAUUGCGAGGGAAUAGUUAAAUCAAUGGUGCUAAUUUAUGUGUUCACAAUCCUCUGUGAUAUGGCAGAAAUAUUUCUGUUUUGGAAAAGGAUAUUUUUAUUUGUAUGAUGAAGGCUAAAAUUUGAAAGAAAAAUGUAAAGAAAGCAAAUCAUAUAAACAUGAACAUAAGUGUUGUCCAUUUUAAAAUAUUUAUGAAUAUUUUUGUUAUGAAAACAUUGGUACAUUCAGAAUUAAUAACUUUAUUUUGAAACAUCAAAGUCUAAGAGUCAUAACACCUAAUACCCUGAACAAGGAGAAAAUAGUGGAGUUAAAGUAAUGGGAAAUAAAUAUCUGUUGAGUUGAUUAACUUUGAAUACUUACAGAAGUUUGUACAUAUCUCCUCAGGACUUUAAGAAAAUGGUUUUGAAUAUAUCAUAAAUGUUAUUAUAGAUUAUUGGUAUGGAUAUAUAGCUGAGAUCAUAUAUAAAUGUAAUAGUUUAAAAGUGCAAUAAGGACAACAUCUAUCUCUCUAGGCCACAAAGGUGUGUUUGGUUGCCAUGGUUGCCAAGCUCAGAUACAAUCCUUAUACAGCAAAUUAACAUCAAAAUCAUUCAGUCAGUGAAAUAUUCCGUAACAAACUUAACACGCCACUGGCCCUUAUCUGCUGCAGGCGACAUUCAUUACAGCUCAAAGUAGUGUGCUGGCAGAAGGUGUGCAACAUUUGCGCAUGACCUUAUUUUGAUGGGUGAAUAUUUUCUGGAUUAAUGACAUCACUAUAUGACAAGUCUGAAACCAUGGGGACAUUGGACUCUAGGUAGGAACUGGAGAUGUACCAGUCAUCACAUGUUGCAGUAGAAAAAUGUCAACUUUAUUUAACCAUAAAAGCUGUUGUUAACAUCUUACAACAGUUAAAAUGGACGAUGUAGCCUGUUAUGUAGGCAGCUCGUGAUUUUUGUGGAUUUUUUUCACUCAAAGUGAGGAAGUCAGAUUUACAUUGAUUAAAUUUGUUUACUUUUUGAAAAAAUUCACAGUAUGAAUUAGCUUUACAUGGAAUAAUGGUAUACCUUGAAACAAACUGUCCUGCUCAGGAUGAUAUUUCAUAUCUUGUGAUAUCUCCAGUAAAAUCCUAGCUCACUGAAGAUUGUAGGAUAUGUUUGUUAAUAUAAAACACUUAGAUGGAUAGAACUUCACUUUACAUCAGAACACAUUUCCUAUACUUGUUAAAGGCCUUAAUGCCUAAUGGCGGUUGUAGUGGAAUGGUAUAUGCUAGUACUGGUAGACUUGUUAAUGUACACAUAUGCUAUGGUACAUGUAUGGUAGGACCUGUACUUGUUUGUGGUGUGAACAUUCUGGUGUAUGGUGUGCUGCUAAAAUCUGGACCUGCUUCUGUAUGAUAAGUGAGAGGUGUAUGGAUUAAUGAUGUAAACAUGGUCUGAAUUCUGGAGAUUUAGUAGGUGUCUGGAUUACUGGUACAUGUUUAUAUAUGAGUGGGUCUGAAUUCUGGAGAUUUAGUAGGUGUCUGGAUUACUGGUACAUGUUUAUAUAUGUGUGGGUCUGAAUUCUGGUGAUUAAGUUAUCGUCCGGAUUACUGAUGCAUGUUUAUAUUUGUGGGUCUGAACUCUGGAUGUGAUAGGUAGAUGUUGACACUAAUAUAUUUGAUUAUUUCUGGUGUAUUUAUGUCAGUGGGUGAGAGAGAUCAUUAAAUAGCAUGGUUGAAGGCUAAAGCAGUGUUCUGUUCUGAAAUACUAUGGCAGUUGUUAUGGCCUCUUUGAUUUCUACAUCACAAACAUAUUUACCGUAGCAAUUUGAUUUUCAUUCUGACCCUUGACAUCUAGCUCAAUAUCAAUGCAAUAUAUUGAUACUAUUUUAUCAUACAUGAAGAAAUUUAAAUAAGAAUCUUCAUAACUUAGCAAUCAACAUGUACAGUUUCUUUUCUAAAUCAAUGAUGAAGUUAAAAUUGUUCAGAAAAUACCGAUGCUUAUUGUAUGUUGAUUCCUGUUAGGGCCAUAAUCUUUAUUAAAAAAGGGUGUCUACAUCAUGUUGGUAAAGAAUUGGUUAGAAUUGCCUUGCGUAUUAUGAUGAAAGUUAGUAUGAUCUUGAUUUUAGAUUUUAAAUCCUGGUGACAUCCAAUAAGACCUAAUGCAUUUGUAAUGUAAAUGAACAAAAUAGUGUACUUUCCUUGGGCAAGUGUGUUUAUUUUUUUGUGCUUGCCAGACCUGAAAUCAGUUGCCCUGUGCAUAGAGGAUUUUUACACCCCAGCAUUUUGUUUUAAUUGUUCUUCAAAGAAAAAAUUGGAACAAAAUGUAUAGACACUGCUUCAGUGACUAAAACUAUGCUCAAAAAACAAUGAAAAGCCAUCUCAGUUUAUGUAUGAAGAUCUAUAUUAUCAUACUUGGGUCGCCUCUCUGAAAGAUUUCCACCCAGGAAAUAUCUUCUAUUAAUGACAAAUAAUUAAGCAGAAAACACAUUUACAUUCGUAACCCCUGGGGUAAUUCUAAAUAAUGAGCUUAUAAUUAAAUGUUAAGGAUCCCUGUCACACUGCACUGAAGUCCUGGGUUUGAAUCCCGGUCUAGCUCCACUGAAU